AUGAUGAAAACAAAAGAUUUUAUGUUUGUGACAAUUUUGAUUGUGUUAUGUAUGUCGAUAAGUAGCAUCAAUGCGGAAAAAGUUUAUAUUCCCUAUCCAGGUCAAGGCAAUUUAGGUAAAGGUUGUGAUCCAAGAUUUCCCACGCCCGAAUGUUAUUUGCCCAAACCAGCAAAUCCAUAUAGCCGAGGAUGUACGCUAAUCAAUAGAUGCAGACGUAUACCUUCGUUGAAGCAAUUUCUGCAAAAACUUCUCCGUGAAUAA